AUGAGUGUCCCGAGCGGCCAACAAACCGAUGGAGUUUUCAUUCCGCUCACCGUGAACAAUCUUCUGCCCUCUGUUGAUGAGGAGACGAUCGGUGCCUUCUUCAAUAGCGCCUGGUUCCGCGCGGUGGAUGUGGAGUUUGCCGAGGAAGAGCUCAGCCUGCUGCCGAUCAGCUCGGUGCAACGCCAGGCAGACAGUGGCGGUGGCUGCACCAUCUGGUGCCGAAGUAAGGCAGUGGCGGAAGUGGUCUUGACACGACUGAAGGGGAUCAGUUAUCAAGGUCGCACGCUGGAGAUUUUCAAGCUCGCAGGCAAGCCAGUGCCACUCGAUCAACUGCAGCCUUCGGCCUUAGAUCGUUUGGUCCGCAGCCACGACAAGAAGGUGGCUUUGGCGAAGCAGAAUGGAGAUGAAGUCUCCCACGUUUCCAGAGCGACAAGUCUCAACGGAACCCCGAACGCACCAUGCUUUUAUGAUGUGCUCAAGAUUGACCGAGCAGCAGAAGGCCGAGAAAUCAAAGAGGCCUAUGUGAAGCUGCGCCGGGACUUGGACCCGCUGGGCGCAGCUCCUUCGGACCUGGGGAGAAUCGUUGAGGCCUACGAGACGCUGUCAGAUCCGCUGAAGCGAAAUGUCUAUGACCACAGACCCUUAAAAUUUUGGCAAGAUGCCAAAAAGGCCAAAGAGCAGAAGGACCGUCGCCCGGCGAUGUGGGUGUUAAAACACAGCAACGACAUCAAGAAUGGACGUGUGCGCAGGGUGAGGUGCACUGAUCGACAGGCACAGACACUCAUCCAGCAAGCGCGCAAUAUCUUGACGCGAGUGCGUGGGGCGGACCUCUUGGUCGUAGCUCCUCUUUUUCCAGAGGUGUGGAUUUCCGGGAAUCCUCAGCAGCUCCGAAAUGUGGAGCAGAUGCUGAAGGAAGCUUCUGAGGAAGCGGAUGGCCUGCGCGCCCCAGCAGAUGGGGUGGUGCUGAAAGUUCCUCCAGUCCACGCCCCGAAGCUGCCGGAGCUGGGGGAAAAGCGCAAUCGCUUCGUGGAGGAAAUCAAGGCAAAAACCCAUUCGAUGCUGAGCUUUUGCGAAGAUCGAAUCAUCAUUCGUGGAGGGCAGGUCCCCGUGGCUGUGGCCUGGAUUCAAGGCCGAGUGCUUUGGCGUGCUGAGAUUACUUGCUACGAUGGCUCCAAAAUGGAUGGCUGGCAAUACAGCUUGUCAGCAGAGCGGGCGCUUCACGCAAACCCGGAGCUGGUGCCAGAUCGAGAACCAGAUGUGGACGAGGUCGAAGCAAUUUUGAGGAGCGAGUCCCCUCAAGGAACCACAGCAGAGAGAGCCCUUCACGCUCUAGACGCGAUUUUUAGAGGCCGAAGUGCAAUGAGCUUCACGCUUUUGCGGCUCCUGACCUCAAAGGUGGUUUACCAUGCUGUCGAGCAGGACCAGAAUAUCGUGAAUCAGUUCAUCGUGACGGUGGUGAGGACCUGGUCAAAAUUCAACCUGCAACGGCCAUUGUACGAGUUCCACAAGAAUUCUCUGCUCACGAUUUUGUGGAAAGUCCCACACGUGAUUGUGCCGUAUGCGGGCCGUUACGAACAACACCUCACUUCGGCGAUCCCGACAGGUCAGUGGGUCUCCUGGCGACAGUUUUUGGACACUCCGGGCUCUCCAGCGAGACUGUGGCUGUACCAAUUCUUGACCGAUUCGGCGAAGGCAUGCAACUUUGGAGUGGACGAGAAGUGGUGCCAAGACCACCACAUCUGUAGUUUCAUGCUGCACUACGCCCUUGGCCGUUACUGUCAUGUGGAUGACCAGCAUGGUCUUUGCAAACGCGAGCUCGUGUGGUUCCAAGGUCAAGCUGUGCCGCCCGUGCAGCCACCGGUGCCACAAGCGCCUGCGUUCCCUCAGGCGCCGUCCACGACCUCCAAGGCGAAGCCUCCCACGCCGCCAGAGGCCACCAAGGCCAACGGCCCUUCGCCGGCACAAGCGGAGCCGCGAAGGUCGGAGUCAGUGUCCCGGUCCCGGUCAAGGCCGCCGGCCAAGAUUCCAGUGAAGGCCAAACUCGACAUGUCGGGGCAUUGGAAGGACCUCACAUCAGACAAGGCCGUGACACUUCGACCUGCUCAGGCGGUCGAGCUCUUGCUGUUUGCGGCCGAAAAGAAGGAUCACUUCAGGAAGGGCCACCUACUGGGCGAGCUGGCCAGAAAUAUCGCCAAGUCUGGGGCUGGAUCGGUGGAGGGCCUUUGCCGUUUGUUGGAAGGCAAGUCGCUGGAUCUGCUUCAGGCUAUCAGCACUUUGGAGAAGAUCGCGGCUGUGAGUUGGGACGAACAGACAUUGCUAGCACUACUGCAUGCCGGGCUGCAUGAGCAGCGGCAGAAGGAAGAUGUUUCGUCCACUCUGUCGCUCUUGGAUAACGUGGUAGAAGUGCCAUGGAAAGACUUCCUGCUGCGGGAAGACUGCAGUGUGAUCCCAUUCCUGGCGGAGAGUGGGGAUCGCAGGGUGCAACGGAAGCUCUGCCAAGUGGUGGGACACCUGGAAGGAACCAGUGCAGUUGGCAUGUUCUGUCGCCACAAGGAGGCAGUGAUGGCAAGCUUGGAAGCAGCCGCCAGCACCGCUCCUGGAUUCAGCAUCUUGAGUCAUGUGGUGAAGUGUUUCCAGAGUGCUGGCUUUGAUACUGACCGGAUGAUGACCUGUGUCGCUGGCGCUUUCCACCGCAUUAGCAAGGCAGGCAUUGAGCACAUGUCCGACAUUUGGCGAGAAGUCAGCAGAUGUGUGCAGAUGGAGGUCCCCGAGGCUAUGGAUUGCACCCUGCAGCACUUCCGGGGCUUCGGGUCCCUGCAUCGCUUCACGGAUGACCAUGCGCCUGCAGAGGUCACCAUCUUCCUCUGUGGCGCUGCCGUACGCCUCGAUGCUCAGGAGGUCUGGAGAACGGAUGCCUUUAAGGAAGAGCGCUUGAAGAAACUGGAGGUCAGGCAACUCUUGAGUUGCUUGAAGGCAUUGCUGGGAACCGGCCGGGAGGAGCAACGUGUCUUCUUCAAGGCUGCACUGCAAAAGAACAACGAGGUGAACUUCACGGCAGUUGAAGCCUUGCUCUUCGUGCAGGUGGCCCAUGAAUUGAAGGAGGUGGCCGAGCUCGCCCAGCACCAGAAGAUUAUCAACAGAGCCAUCGAGCAGGACUCAUUGGUGGAUUGCGUGAAAGUGCUCCAAACCUUGGUGGAGCAUGGCAUCUCCAACUUGGAGAAGGUCUCCAAGGGAACGGCUCAGCGCAUUGUGCAGAUCGCCCAACAGAUGUCCUCAGCGCAGCUGGAGAACCACCUCUUGGAGCUUCGUGCUGCGGUGCAGCUCUUGCAUCAGCAGGGAUACCUCAGCAGGGAGCAACAGACUGGGCAGCAACGCUUCGCCGAGAGGAUGUCAGCCUUGAGGAACCUCAGGGAGGUGGCGAGCAAACAGCGCUGCAAUGAUUUGUGCAUUGCACAGAUCAUCGCGAUGUUUCUGUCCGAUCCCAAAAGCACGAGCAGGAGCUCGAAAAAAACCUUGGAAUUGGCAGAGUUGCUCUGUGGUGUGAUUACAGAGCAAAAGGAAAACUAUCCGCCCGAGACAGAAUGCAGCCUUCUGGUUCGCGUGACUGGCAACGACAAGGCCGCGCAGCAAAUUCUUCCUGGUGUAUACAGCGUGGUUGGCAAACACGAUGGAUGUUCUGUGUACCAGAGAGUUGUUCCGCACAUGGACAAGACGAACGCAGUCUACAUGUACUAUUGGUCUGAACAGCACCAGUGGUAUGUUGGCCCCAGUGUGGGCAGUGACAGUGUGUGGGCGUACGCGGAUGGUGCAAAAUCAUCCACCAGACCGCCACGCAGAAAUUGGCACUGGCAAAAGCCGCUGGAGAACCAGAAGAAGCUCAUCAUAAACAUCAGCGUUUUCUGCUUCGAGGCUGGCCCCGCGCCCGGGCCAACCCAAGCAAUGCCAAAGACAAAGGCGGCGGUACCUCAGGCAAAGUCAAGGCCACACGAACCUGGCAACUCUGCAGUGCAGGCGAACGUUGAACCGCCGACCAAGAAAGCGCGGCCAGAGGUGCCACCGAAGAACCGCGCCUUUAAGCCCGGUGCAAAGAUGCCCAUGCCAAGUCCGCCAAGUGCAGCGCCAGAGCAGGUUGAGAAUGAGAAUCAACGGAAGUGCAUGGAGUGGCUGAAAGGUUUAGAUAAAGGAAAAGGAGAAUUUGUGAAAUACUUCGAAAAGUUGAAAGAACACUAUGAUGCCGACCUCGACAACAUCAAGCUGGCGCGAUUUGAAGACGAAGAAGGAAGGCAGUGUAUCGAGAAGACAUUCUAUGAAGAUAUCGAGGCCAUCAAGGGGGGGCAUCAAAUGAUCUUCCGGAAGCAUAUCUGGAACAUCCCGUGAGCGCCGUUUGCGGCAGAGAGGCAAUAACAGCUGAGGCAUCAACUUGAGUCGUGAUGGACUCCUUGGAGUCAGGAUGUGAAUCACCGUUCUGUGUGAAUGGUCCAGAGAUUCUUUCGUCUCACCUUCCGAUCGAGAUCGGGCGGCCAACAGCCCCACCGUGUCGUGUUGAUCUCGCAAAA